UGAUAACUAAAAUAUAUCUUAAUUAAUAAUUCUUCUGAUGAUGUUGAGAUUUAAUUCAAUCAAUAGUAUUGUGUCAACAAUUCGUGGUAAACAAUUUGUUUUUCUUGGUAAAAGGAGUCCCGCGUGUUUUAAAGGCAACGGAAGUUCAAGAUUAGUUCACAAUUUCCAGAUUUUUAGGUAGAGUGCAAUAUCAUCAUCCUUCGACUUUUAAUUUUUUUCUUGUGAUGUCAACACAACACUGAACAGGCGUUUCAAAUCGUAAGGUUCAAAAAAACGAAAAAUCUGUUGUGUAAUAACAACAUAAUAGUAGAACAAAGUUAACAUUCAAUUUAUUAAGAGAAUAAACAGAAUUAUAAUGUAAUCGUAACAGAGGAAUGUCACUAUAAUAUAAAUAAUAUAAAUAAAAUACAUUGAGACUCCAAUGUUCUCCAGUAGGGCAAGAUUAACAAAACGCACAGGGAAAAAUACUACUGGACGUUAUGAUUUUUUAAAGCUUUUAGUCACCGAAUAUACAACAACAUCAUCUAAAGAUGCACAGGAGCAAGUACUAGCAAAUUUAGCAAAUUUUGCAUAUGAUCCUGUAAACUAUGGAUAUAUGAGACAACUAAAAGUAAUUGAUAUAUUUCUCAAUGCUUUAUCUCAAAGCAAUCCAAAGUUAAUACGUUUUGGUAUUAGUGGUCUCUGCAAUUUAUGUUUAGAUGGAAUAAAUAAGUUAUAUAUUCUGCGCAAUCAAGGUGUCGAGUCAAUAUCGUCGUUACUUUCUUCCGAAGACGAAGAUGUUUUGCUUGGAGUAAUUACUACCUUGAUGUUUUUGAUAACACCUGAAUCAGUAGACGAGAUAACAUCACCUACAAUAAUUAAACGUAUGCUGGAACUUUCGGAUCCAUCAUAUGAACAUAGGCGUGUUAAAAACGUAGCAACGUUAUUUCUAAAUGACUGUUGUGAAACGAGUGUUAUAGAAAAAGUGAAGACAGAGAAUCAAUCUGUUUGUAAAAUAAAAAGUAAUAUCAUGAAACUAAUUCAAUUCUUUGCUGGGUUUCUCAAAAAUCAUUCUGUAAGAAUCACCAAAACACGAUCAUUCGCUGAUGCAACAAUGAACAAUUUGAGAGAAGGAGAUCAAGUGUCGGUUCUGAAAGUAAUAACAAAUGACGAUAUACUCAAGUUUGCUGAAUUAACAGGCGAUCAUAAUCCAAUACAUACUGAAUCAGCAAAAAAUAUUGUGCACGGUGCUUUGCUCAAUGGCCUAGUGUCGGGUUUAAUUGGUACAAAAUUACCUGGUGCAGGUACUGUAGUUAUCGAGCAAAAUAUUACUUUUCCUAAACCGUGUUAUGCUGGCGAUACUAUAGAAGUUAUAGUUAAAAUUACAUCAGUAAGAAAAAUCAUUAAAUGCGUGUAUAUGUGUAUUGUUAAUAAAGAUAGAAUCGUAUUAGAAGGAGAAGCUAAACUUAUGAGAAAGAUAUUGUAAUAUUUUAUCAUUUUACACUGAAAAUAUUUAUAACAU